AUGCAUGUUUGUGCCAACUUGGAUGGGAAGCCAUGGAGCUCACCGCAAGUGGCUGUAAAGGCCCUUUGCAAAAAGCGGCUUUGGCAAGAAGCGCUGAAUAGAGAGGGGGCCUUUACAGCCAUAUUUCCAAGAGGGGUCAGGGCAGCCCCACUGCCGGCGUUGGUGCCGGCAUUUGCCACGUUUGCCCAAGGCCUGGCAUGGCAGCACGCACUUCUUUUGCUGCAAGAACUUCGAACGGUCCAAAUAAGCCGUACUGGAAGAAGUUCAAGAAACCCUAUGAGGCGUCAUAUGAAGUCAUUGACUGCAGCUAUUAGUGCGUGCACGAAGUCUGACCAGUGGGAUCAAGCUUUGCUGCUGCUUUCUGUGUUUAGAGCUGAUGCAGUGCAACCAAAUGUUAUUACCUACAGUGCUGUUGCGAGCAAGUGCUCCACAAAUCGCUGGCUCGCAUGCUUUGCUUUAACCCAAAAAUUCUCAGAUCUAGUGGCGUGUAACUCAGCCAUUACUAUUGGUGGCUUGGAAUCCUGGCUGCGUGCACUGGACAGGUUUGACGCAGUAAGCUGCAUGUCACUGCGUCCAGAUGUGGUGACCUACGGCGCGGCAGUUGCAUGCGGGUCGUGGCAGGUGGCCUCAUUGUUGCUGGAGAAGAGUUGCAAAUGCCACUUGGGAAGCAGUAUCGGAUGCGGUGCCGCGAUUAGUGCUUGUGAGGAGAACGCCGCCUGCUGGCGCACAGCUCUUGGACUGUUGGAGUUUGGAAAUGUCAGACGUCUCCAGUCCAGCAUUGUUUUGUGCAAUGCUGCUUCCAGUGCCUGCGAGAAGGGGAUGAGGUGGCAAGCAGCCAUAGAUUUUCUCAAUGCCUGUCAGAGGUUUGUGAAACCAAAUAUCAUCAGCUACAAUGCGGCAAUCUCUGGAUGCAAGCAAGCAGCUCAGUGGCUCUCGGCGCUGGACUUGUUUUCGGAGCUUCGGCAUGAGACAUAUCUGGAUGUGAUCACUUGCAAUGCACUCAUUGCUUCAUUUGAUCAAAUGGCCGGGUGGAAGCAGUCAUUGCAAAUGGUGCAGUUUCUUUCACAGCAGAGGCUCGAAGCAAAUGCUGUGACCUAUGGUUCUUUGAUUUCAGCAUGCUCCAAGGCCAAAGAAUGGCAGCGCGCUGUUUGUUUGUUGGCGAAAGCUCAACAGCUAACAGUUGGCGAGGCUGCUGUCUAUAAUGUGGUGCUCCGAGGAUGUCCAUGGCGAGCAGCUGCCACACUCCUAACAUCCAUGAGAGAAGCAGCUUUGCUGCCCAGUAUUCUAGCGAAUGAUGUAGUUAUGCAGGCCUACAGUGAUCAGGGGCAACAAGAGCAUGUUUGGGAAUUGUUGGUGAACACUGCGGAGAAACGGUCAGCACUAGAAUAUUUGUGGGGAUUAGCAUUGCUAAGCUGCAAAGAGCCUGACGUGAUCCACUCUGCUUGCGUCGAAGCAUUUCAGGAUUUCAGGGAAUCUAUUGGCAACCAGUCUCCAAAUGAGCAUGCUUGCCUGUGGUGGUCUACUGCCAUGCUGGGUGCAAGGAACAAGCGGUUGGACAUGCUGAGGGCGAAUCAGACCAUGUUUCAGAUUGCAGAGUUUCAACUUGACGAGCUUGUUACUGUUGCAUCAGGCUCCGUCGAUUGUGAAUCAAGCCUCUUUGCCCAAAGUCUAUUGUUGGCAGCGCAGCGGCGUACAGAAGCAGUUUUCGCUCAACUUCCCACUGAGAGCUUUUCGCUGGUCAAUUCGGGAAUGCAUGUGCUCGGUGACUUGGCGCUUCAUGAGACUUUCGGCAUUGAAACCACAAAAGCUAGCGAAGCCUGCGAAGCUAGCUGGCAUAACUCUUCCUUUGGCGAGGUUUGGGAUUGGGUUCAUUUGAGAUGA